AUGAUACACAUACCUAACACGAUAAUAUUUCUCCCAAUAUAUAUUGUGCAUGCAGUUUCCAGCCAUUUGAGGCUUCCACGGAUAGUGUCUGGCCCUGACAAACUCGUGAUUGGUAAAAGCAAAGGUGAUGUAACUCUAAACUGGAAGUUUAAGUUGCGGCCUACAGAGACAUGGAGCAAUACUAUAGUUGAAGUGGUUUUCGGCGUCUGGAAGCAUCCAGGAUUCCUCGAAAAGAAGUUGGUGGUUAUCAACAAUAGCGGCGCAAAAGUGGUACGAACAAACUACGAGAAAAAGAUAAGCUGCCACUUUAACAUGUCUCUCCUGCAAGUGGCAUUCACUGUACACGGUUUGAACAAAGGAGAUGUAAACGAAUACGGCGUUCAAGUUGAGUUUGACUUGAGUCGUACUCCCUUAACAGAUAGUGUUAUGCUUCGUCUUGAAGAUCCACCUAAAAUCAACACUCCUCACCAAAGAAACAUCUCCAUGAGGAAUGGUGAGCCGCUGAUGAUAAAAUGCCAUGCAAGUGGAUUUCCCACACCUAGCAUAAAAUGGAAAAGACUGGGGAAAACCAUUGGAGACCAAGCUCUGUAUUUCAACUCUUUAAAAAGAAGCGACGGCGGAGUUUACCUGUGUGAAGCUUAUAAUCAGGCGGGCAAAGAUAGUAAGGAAAUCAUCGUAAGAGUUAAUGAUUCCCCCGAACUCGAGUUUCCAACAACGCAGGAAGCUUCUAAGGCGCCAACAAGAUCAUCAGAGGACAUAAGUCCUGUGUGGAUCAUUUGCCUUUCCAUUGCUGUAUUAGUUAUCUUGAUAACACUCAAAUUAUUUCGGCGUCGCUCUCAGGAAGUUACAAAAAAACAAAUACCUUAUCAGCGGCAAACUGAAAUAGGAGUAUACACUGCUGCUAUUUAGCCUUCUGGUGCCAAAGUUAGUUGUCACCUAAUAUUUUUUCAUAUUCAGCUUUAUUGUCAGCUUAUCGGUUAAUAGCAAUAACCGGAGCUCAAAUUUUUUAGACAUGCGGAACAGUCUAGAACAUUCUAUAUGAUUACAUCAUAUCCUAUUCAUAAGUCAGUAUUAGCCUGACUAAGCACAACAAGGCACGUGACGAGAUAUAUAAGAGUCCUCUUGGACAUUAUUCUACAUCAGGCUCGUGGUCAGAAGAGACGAACGAGAAAGCGGGAAGGAAAAAAAACGGCUUUAGAAGCGGAAAGAAAUAAAAGGAGGAGAGCCCGUCUGUAAACGGGGUUUUUGAUAUAAACCUAUCCCUAACACCCAUGCCAUGAGCUGGAAUUCGGAAAAAAAGUAUCUGUAACAACAGUGGACUUUUGCCAUUUUUUUCUACGCCAACUCAGCCUGUAGUCGUGCACUGACCAAUAACUAUUUACAGGUUAAUAACUCAGGUUCACAUGCUAAAGUUAAGAAAAUUAAGAUAGCUUCUCUCGACGUUUUUGUUUUGCACAAUCAUCAGCAAAAAGUUUCAUCUUAAGGAACGAGAAGAUUAAUAGUUUAUAUUUGUGAUAUUAAUGUUAAUAUUACAAUUAUUAUCAUUAUGAUUGUUGGAGCUUGCCAGGUGACAUUCCCUAAUGGUACUGGGCUUGUAUAGCGGUUAUCGUUGCCAGCAUAAUAAAACAAGGUUGGAGGCCUGAAAAGGAAUCAAAGAUCUUAUUGACAUUAUAAAAAUAGAACAUAAAGCAGAAAGUACUUUAUUUAUAUAAGAGCUUGACAAAUUUUAGUUCGCACCAUUUGCUGUUUUUUAUUCAGCCGCCAUACAACAGCCACCUGAACUACUACAGCGAAGGAAAUUAGACCCCACGCCUUGCAGGACACCUCCAUCAUGUUUUCUAUGGCUUGACUCCAUUCCAAUUCACGCCACUUCAAAUCUUUCAGAUCACCUGGCUGCAUAAA